AUGUCUGCCCCUGCGCCGGAGGGAAGCGCGAGCCCGGCUUCACAAGCUGGAUUCAUGCCCCUCGUCACAGUUGUCGACUUCCAUCAUGCAAGGGGGCCAGAGGUAGAGAAAUGGUUUGGUGUGCCUGAAGGGUCAGACCCUGCCGCCGAAUAUGACUGGACCCUGCUUCCGUUCAUGGCCUUGAGCGACGGCGCUCAUGCUUCUACCGAAGACUUCUCCUACUUUACCCUCUUGAAACCAGCUCGAGGCGAUAAUCCUGCCACCUCUCUUUUUGGUAUCUCGUGCACAAGACAGAUGGAUGCGUCACAACUGCUCAAUCGCCCGGCUGAUGUCACACGAUCGACCGUCCAAAAGGCGGUUGUCGUGAUUGCAGACAGCCCACAGUACUUUGGAAUGCUGAGGGAAAGGCUGUCCAUGGUCACAAGCGCCUGGUUCGCCCAGCGCGAGUUUACCGAUUGCGAAAUUCUGCGCCGCUUCCAAGAGAGUCUUCAAGAAGAGAAAGAGCGUGGCAUGCUCAGCGAAGAAGAAGAUCGAGAUCAGUACUUGGGUCUGAGUCUGCGUGAACUGGUGCGCGAGUUCAGAUGGCAAACGCUUGUGCUUCUGAAGUGCUGCCUGCUGCAGCCAAAAAUGCUCUUUUUUGGAUCGCGGUGCGAAAGACUCUGCAUGAUGCAAUUCUCUCUUAUAUCACUGAUCCCCGGCCUGUUGAGAAACCUCCAGGAUUGCGGUGGUCCAGAACUGGCAGAGUAUGAGAAGCGAUUAAGCAAGCCGACAAGUUUGAGGACCAGCGAUCGAAACUCCUUGCUUUCAUACAUGGGCUUGCCUUUACAAAUAUUUGGCAAGGGAAGCUUAUUUGGCCCUUAUACGCCACUUCAGCAGUUGGACAUUCUGGCAGAUUUUGGUACCAAAUCUUAUAUCGUGGGCAGUACCAACUCCCUGCUCUUACAACAGAAAGACCGAUAUAGCGACAUUCUGAUCAAUCUGGACGAUGACACUAUUAAUAUCACGUCUGCUUCUCUGCGUACUGCACUCGCUUUGUCGGCUAGCGAUCGGCGCUGGAUUGACUUCAUCACGCAGGAAGUUAAUGACACCUGGGAUGAGAAGAACCCAGGCAGACCAAACCACAUGGGCUACCGUGGCAGCGAGGAAUUUAUUCGGCUGCAGUUUGAGGAAUACCUCCUUGCCCUGAUUUCGUCGGUGAAAUAUCACUCCUACCUGACAACGAAUGCAGGUAAAGGCAAUGUGGCAUUGCCACACGUUGAAGGAGACCCCUCGACGGACUUUGGAGUGGAAUGGGUCGAGUAUUGGACAAGAACUGAAAAUUAUCGAAUCUGGGACGCUCAUACAGACUCUCUCCUGUUUGACAUCAUUGAGCCUAAGCACCCUUGCGCAGGCGGGCUGACUGUCGACGAUGUGCAACGAAGAAUACAACAGCAAGUGCAAGACCUGCAUCUUGAUGAACGAUUCGCUGCCGGAAAGGAGGUCUUAGGCCGCAACGCCGCCGCCGCUCGGGACAAGGCCAGCACAAUGUUCAAUAAAUUUUACGCUGACAUGGAAGCCAUGCGUGAAGCCCAGCGGAAACGAGCAGAAGAAGCCAAGGCCGCCUCAGCCACCACACAAAAGAAUGGUGCCACUACGCCAAACACGGAUGCCUCAAAAACGCAGCAGACUGUGAACUCGGUAGGUGCCAAGGCUGGUGCGUACAUUGGGUCGUGGGCUAGCUGGGCAGGCGAGAAACGUAAACAGGGCUGGACAUCGCGGUCGAGCAGCGGGACGAGUAACAGUGGCGGCGGCUGGGGCUUUGGUCGAAAAUCCAAGGCGACCGACUCGGAAAGCGAAAAGAAUGGCGGCAGCCCCCUCACAAGCCCCCGUAUCAGCACGUCUGGAUUUUUCUCGAGUGGCGAGAAACGCCGAAGUAUGUACUCGCAGGGCUCCAUGGAGGCAAUCGUGGACGAUGACAGGCCAACCUCGCAGCCGAGCUUUAGUGAGAGCGUCUUGGACGCCGCCGAAUCCGAGGGCUCGUCGAGUCCGGUCAGCCCUCGCAAACCUCAGCAGCUACCGUCAUCACCAAUAAGUGUCGCGUCAAAGGACAAGGACGCGACAGAAGUAACAGGUAUAAAUCGGGUGAUUUCAGCAGAGACCACUCCGGCAGCCGCAGGUAACAAGAUCCCCGAGGCCACCGCCACAUCUGCUGAUGUCAAAGCUGUUGAAACCAAAGCCAUUGAUACUGAAACGGCCGAACCCAAGGCUGCUGGACUGGAGAAAAAAGAGUCAACAACAGCAUGA